AUGAAAUCAAUCUCGGAAUUACCAAAUGUGCAUGCGAAUUCCAUGUUCUCUACACUCCCGGAAACACCACUCGAUGAACCUUUUUCCGUAAAUGGUGCAUACAAGCAGGACUGUGAUCCAAAGAAGGUCAAUUUGGGAAUCGGAGUAUACCGAACUUCAGAUGGAUCUCCAUGGCCGCUGCGAGUGGUCGAGGAAGCAGAAAGGAAGAUAUACGAAACAAAUGACGUGAACAGACACGAAUAUACCGCCAUUUCAGGCGAUCCAGGGUUUCUCAGUCUCGCCGCAGACCUUGUAUUUGGAUUUGGUGAAGAAAAGGGUGUCCCAACUUCAGUGACCGAAUUGGAGCGACGGCGAGUCGUCUCGAUCCAAACGGUUUCAGGGACCGGGGCGAACAGACUCGGCGCCGAGCUACUGGCUCGGAACGUGCGACCAGGGUGUGUCUGGAUCCCAGAUCCAACCUGGGCGAACCAUUACACCAUCUGGGACUUAGCAGGUGUGCCGAAGAAAAGAUAUCCGUACUACGAUGCCACUCGCAAAACGUUCGAUUUCGACGGAACAUUCCGCACAUUAUCGACAUCCACCAAUAAGAACGACGUCGUGAUCCUUCAUGCCUGCGCGCACAACCCAACUGGUGCUGAUCCAACUAAAGAACAAUGGAAGAUCUUAGCCCAACUGUGCGAAGAAAAAGGCAUUAUUCCCUUCUUUGACCUCGCCUACCAAGGAUUCGCAUCUGGUGAUGCGAAGAAAGACGCCUGGGCCAUUCGACACUUUUUUCACAACGUCCACCAGGUCGAGUUCUGUGUGGCACAAUCGUUUUCGAAGAACUUUGGACUUUACGGCCAGCGAGUAGGCUCUUUGCAUAUGGUACUGAGUUCCACCGCCACCCGUGAUGUUCCGGAGAAGGUACUCGCGAAUCUAUGCCAUCUCGUCCGUGGGGAGUAUUCCAUGGCCCCAAGAGGUGGAGCAGAGAUAGUCAAAACCGUGCUCGGCAACGAGGAUCUGCGAGAAAAGUGGCUAGAAGAUCUUACAACAAUGAGCGAGAGGAUUCAAAACAUGAGACAUGCCCUUUUCAAUGAGCUGAUCAGAUUGGGCACACCGGGUGAUUGGACCCAUGUUACAAACCAGAUUGGCAUGUUUACAUAUGUCGGCCUGACAGAAAGCCAAGUCCAUGCCAUUACAGAAAGACAUCACGUUUACAUGCUCAAGUCUGGCAGAAUCUCGAUUUCUGGAAUGAACGAAAACAAUGUUCAAUAUGUUGCGAUGGCCAUUGAUGAUGUUAUUCGCACAGUGGAGUGA